CUCUCGCAACAUGAACGCCACAGCCCGAUUCUCUCCCUCAAGCGACCUUGAGGAGUUUGAUGGUGGGAAGGUGGUCGCUUGCGUGAUCCUCAGCCUGUCCUUCCUGGUGGGAGCUCCUGGGAACCUGCUGGUGGUGUGGACGAUACUGCGCUACAUCAAGAAGCGCUCCCACACCGUGGUGCUCAUCCUUCAUCUUGCAAUCGCAGACCUGCUGGUACUCAUCACACUCCCUCUGUGGAUCUACUCCCUGGCACAUUCCUGGAUUUAUGGAGAGGCUUGCUGCAAAGCCAUUGUGUUCAUCAUCAACGCCUGCAUGUACAGCAGCGUCUUCCUCAUCACGCUCAUGAGUGUGGAGCGCUUCGUCGCAGUGCGGUAUCCCUUUGCCUCGGCCCACUGGAGACGAAAACAGGGCCUCAACAAGGUCCUACUGGUCUUAUGGACGGCGGCCUUCUUGUUCAGCAUACCCAUCAUCCCAACGCAGGUUGUUGAUACAGAUCUCGAGGGGGAGCAUUGUUUGUAUCGUCAGUACAGCCCUCAGGUUCCGGAGCUUCUGUGUGUGCUGCUGGAGACGCUGGUGGGCUACGUGAUCCCGUUCUCCAUCCUGGUGGUCUGCUACAGCUGCCUGUGCGGCCGCAUUACUCAGAUGAACUUCAAGUCCAAACGCAAGUCCACGGUCCUGAUCGCCAGCGUGGUGGUGGUGUUUGCCAUCUGUUGGACGCCGCAUCACAUUGGGAAUAUUCUGUCCCUCAUCGUCCUGGCCACAGAGGGGUCUGACACUGAGGCCAGCCUGGAGGGCGUCAGGACCACCAUGACCUUCAUCGCCGGGGCCAUGGUGUUCAUCAGCAGCACCAUAAACCCCAUCCUCUACAUGUUUGCCGCGCGUUCCUUCAGGAGUUCGUUGCGGGACACUGGAAUCCAGAAGCUCUUCCGCCACAUUUCCAGCACCUCACCAGGCGAGGGUAACAGAGAGUACUCCUUUGUAUCCAAGAGGCAAUGCAAUCAAACCACAAGCUCCAACUGUGUGACCGAGUCCAAAGACCAAAUGGACAUCUUGAUCAAAAUGUGCGAAAAUAAUACAUCAUAACAUCGCGAUCCACUUUGUGUACGUUCAAGGAUGUAAAUUUCAUAUCGCUGCCUACCAUGCUGUUCAAAAGCAGACCUGCCAUGUAUCAUAUCACCACUGAGAAAUAGAUCGAUAAAAGACAACCUAUUUGUGUAAAAAAAAUGUGUUCAGUCAUCUAUUAUUCACUCAAACAGUCUGGACUUACUCUCCCCUGAAGCCUUCCCCACCUCCUAAACAGACCCAAGGGUGCUUCCAGCGGGCCUCCUCUCUGUUGCCCAGAAGAUCCAGGAGGUCUCCUACCUACGUUCUGAAGCUACAAUCCAUGCCCCACUAUUCUCUAGUGACACCCACAAGCUCUGAAAUAUGAUGUAUUUUGGAGGUUGGUGAAGCUCAUAACGUGUAAUUUUUUGCCAUGAAAGGUGAAAAGACAGGGACUGGCAGAGAUGUGUGCUCGCUCAGCUGAAUCUUGAAAGGUCUUUAUUUAAUAGGACUUGCAGGAAGGUUUCAUUGGUGCACAGCCAAACUCAUAGCAUGUACAGUACGUGUUCUAAACCAAGCAUUUUUAUUAUGGUUAGUGUAUUGCUUCGCCUCGGUUAGUUGGGAAAAGGAAGUUGUCUUUGCUGAUGUCAUUAUUGUCGAAAUAUGUGGUAAAUGUGAGGGGAUUUUUCAGCUGCUCCAUCACGCUGAUAACACCCAUCAAUUGACUUCCUCUCCGCGCAGGCAUUGCGAAAUGAAGAACUUGAAGUUUAAGUCGCAAAAAGCGGAAUCAUGUCUUGAUGUUUGUCACGGUUUUGGGCGCAUUCUCAUGGAAAGGCGCUGGUCAUCAGAUUUACAAGACGUCUAAAGGGGUGAAAGUCUGUGCAGGGUGAGGUGGCCCGGUGAUUCACCAACGACGCCAGCAGUUAUUUUAACCAACUCAGGACGUUGCUAUGACUACAACGUAGCCGCCAGUAGAUGGCAGUGUUGCCUGUUCACCGAUGUGAAGGGGUUGACCUUAACUUGUCACCUUUACUAGUUCACUUGCACUCAAGGAAUGAAUCCGACAUGGAGUUACUUUAUCGCUAUAUUUUAUGAUGUCAUAUACUGUAUGUGCU